UACUACAGCAUAUAAAAGCGAAACACUAUACGCGCAUUUGUUCAACCUUAUCCAGCAAAUACAAAGCAACUCAGCUCUGUCUUUCUCUUCAAAAGCUAGUUAGUAAUCAAUCGUUGAUUAGCAGAAAUGGCAACUUCACUUGCUCUCAGGAGGGCCGCCGCCGCCUCAACUCUAUUCAGCAGGCGUGUUGCUCCCUCUGUUGUCAGAUCAUUCAAUACUAACACUCAGAUGACUGCUUUUGAUGAAGAUGAUCGUGCCGUUGACGUUGACCGCCGGGAUCGCUCUGUCUCUCGCCGUAGGGAUGCUUUCCCUACUUUCUUCUCAGAUGUGUUUGAUCCAUUUUCACCACCAAGGAGCGUGAGCCAGCUACUAAACAUGAUGGACCAAAUGAUGGAUUCUCCAUUUGCAACAGCACCUCGUGGUAUGGGCACCGGAGUCCUACCAAGGAGAGGAUGGGACGUGAAGGAGGACGACAACGCUCUGUAUUUAAAAAUGGACAUGCCUGGGCUUGACAAGGAGAACGUAAAGGUUUCAGUUGAGGAGAACAUGCUGAUUAUUAAAGGAGAAGGUGAGAAAGAAUCUGAGGAUGAAGAGUAUAGAAGGAGGUAUUCAACUAGGCUGGAAAUUCCUCCGAAUUUGUACAAAUUGGAUGGGAUUAAGGCAGAGAUGAAGAAUGGGGUUCUCAAAGUGGCUGUGCCGAAGGUGAAGGAAGAAGAGAGGAAGGAUGUUUUCAAUGUUCAAGUUGAGUGAGAUUUCAGUGCCUACUUUGGUUUUGUUCUAGCUAGGUUGGGCUUUAGUGAUCUCUGUGAGAAAAAUAAACGAUGACCUGCUAAAAAAAUGGAAAUACGGUUGUAAUUGUCUUUUUGGAUCAAUUGAAGUUGUUGAAUA